AUGCAGUUCACGUCCAACGCCAAGUGGAAAAGUGAAAGCGAUAACCACGUCAAAAUACAAGCUCGGAGAUUUAUUUACGGAUACAAACCCCCUUUUCUUAUCCACGACCGCUCUCACUUUCUGUUUGUCUCUUGUUUUCACUCUCAUUACCACUCUCUUGUUUGUUAUUUCUUUUUUUUUUCUUUCUGUUUCAUUUCUUUUUUUCUUUUCUGUCUUUGUUUCUUCAGAUUUGUGUUUCUUUUCUUUCUUUCUUUCUUUUUGUUGUCUCUUUUUCUGUCGUUAUUGUCUAUCAUUCAUAUCUUUCUUUCUCAUAUAUCUUUCUUGUAUAUUUCCUUUUCUCUUUUCUUUCAUAAUAUUUUUACUUUUUCAUUUCAAAUCUAUUUUCUAUUUAUAUCUUUUAAUUUUGUGUUUCUUUAUUUCAUAUUUUUCUUUAUCCUCGCUUUCAUAGCUUUCUUUUUUUUCAUAUUUUUCUUUUUCUUCUCGUUGCUUUAUAUUUUCUCCCUCUUUUCUUUCUUUCAUAUCUUUCUCUCUCUUUUUUCUUUCAUAUUUUUCUCUCUUUUCUUUCAUAUUUUUCUCUCUUUUCUUUCAUAUUUUUCUCUCUUUUUUCUUUCAUAUUUUUCUCUCUUUUUUCUUUCAUAUUUUUCUCUUUUUUCUUUCAUAUUUUUCUCUUUUUUCUUUCAUAUUUUUCUCUCUUUUUCUCUUUCAUAUCUUUGUCUUUUUUCUUUCAUAUUUCUUUCUUUUUCUCUUUCAUAUCUUUCUCUCUCUUUUUCUCUUUCAUACCGUUCUUUCUCUUUUUUCUCUUUCAUACUGUUAUCUUUCCUUUUUUUCUCUUUCAUACUGUUCUCUUUCCUUUCUUUUAUAUUUUUCUUUCUUUGCAAUUACAAAGAUACUUUUGUAUCUUUCUAUGUCUUCCUCACUGCCAUAUCGUUCCUUCUACAGUUUCACCCCUCUUCUUUUUUUUCUCUCUAUCUUCCCUUUCCUAAUUCCUUAUCUUCUUUCUCGUCCUUUUUUCUUCUCUAUCUUUCCCUCACUUUCCCGCUAUAA